AUAAAUCUAUUUCCUGUACGACACUGUUCAGAGAUUUAUUUACAACGUGUAACUCCUAGGUUGCACAUUCUGUCAGGUCUCAACUCUGCAUAGUGGUCAUGUCGUGGAAGUUGUGCGCUUUGAUACUUCAGUUGUACUGGACGUCUACACAUUCAGACGAUAAGCCAAAGCUCUACAAGGACGAAGAAGAAUACUUCUUGAGAUUCAGCUCCCACAGCAAACGGGAAGAGUACCUGCAGUGCAUACUCAAGAAAGGAACCAACGUCAUUUUCUACGGCAACUACACGAACUAUGGCCACAUCCUCCGAACUCACAGCGAGUGCUUCAACCAGUCAGAACUGGACAGCGUAUGGGACUUGAAGCGUGUGUUCAGAGAUUACGAGACCUUGCAGUACUACAUGGACGGCGAGUAUCACGACUGCAACAACGGGACCGAGGCGACCCUUCAGACGAGCCUCACCGGCAUGGACACUGAUUUCCACGUCAAUGUCCACUGCAUGGACGCCUUCAGGGACCGAGUGGUCAACUUUCAAGGUGGCGCUGCUCACCGUGUUGCUGGCGCUGGGCGUGCCCGCGAACAGCUCCUAGUUGUUGUAGUUGUUGUUGCUGCCGCAGUGAAGAGCUACCCGUGGGUGAUGGGCUUCGAGGUGGCGCUGCUCACCGUGUUGCUGGCGCUGGGCGUGCCCGCGAACAGCUCCUAGUUGUUGUAGUUGUUGUUGCUGCCGCAGUGAAGAGCUACCCGUGGGUGAUGGGCUUCGAGGUGGCGCUGCUCACCGUGCUGCUGGCGCUGGGCGUGCCUGCGAACAGCUCCUAGUUGUAGUUGUUGUUGCUGCCGCAGUGAAGAGCUACCCGUGGGUGAUGGGCUUCGAGGUGGCGCUGCU